AUGGUGUGCCCAAGUGAAGUAUUUGGUAGCAUGUCAAGAUCAGUUCAUGGGCUACCAGAGCAUGGUGGUAGUUUUCAAGUUUGCCAUUCCUUGGGAGGAGGCACUGGAUCUGGCAUGGGCACCCUUCUUAUUUCCAAGAUCAGGGAGGAGUAUCCUGACAGAAUGAUGUUGACCUUUUCUGUAUUCCCAUCCCCAAAGGUUUCUGAUACUGUUGUGGAGCCUUACAAUGCUACACUUUCUGUUCACCAACUCGUUGAGAAUGCGGAUGAAUGCAUGGUGCUUGACAACGAGGCUCUGUAUGACAUAUGCUUCCGCACACUAAAGCUCGCCACCCCUACAUUUGGUGACCUGAACCAUCUUAUCUCUGCUACCAUGAGUGGGGUCACAUGCUGUCUGAGGUUCCCUGGUCAGCUCAACUCUGAUCUGCGCAAGCUUGCCGUGAACCUGAUCCCGUUCCCUCGUCUCCACUUCUUCAUGGUCGGCUUCGCCCCGCUGACCUCUCGCGGAUCGCAGCAGUACCGCGCCCUCACGGUCCCCGAGCUGACCCAGCAGAUGUGGGACGCCAAGAACAUGAUGUGCGCGGCCGACCCCCGCCACGGCCGGUACCUGACGGCCUCGGCCAUGUUCCGCGGGAAGAUGAGCACCAAGGAGGUGGACGAGCAGAUGCUGAACGUGCAGAACAAGAACUCGUCCUACUUCGUGGAGUGGAUCCCCAACAAUGUCAAGUCGAGCGUGUGCGACAUCCCGCCCAAGGGCCUCAAGAUGGCGGGCACCUUCGUGGGGAACUCCACCUCCAUCCAGGAGAUGUUCCGCCGGGUGAGCGAGCAGUUCACCGCCAUGUUCAGGCGCAAGGCCUUCCUGCACUGGUACACGGGGGAAGGCAUGGACGAGAUGGAGUUCACCGAGGCCGAGAGCAACAUGAACGACCUGGUCGCCGAGUACCAGCAGUACCAGGACGCCACCGCCGACGAGGAGUACGAGGAGGAAGAGGAAGAGGACGCCGUGGCCGAAUAG